AUGAACUAAUAGCAUCAAAGCACGCUUACCACCACUAUUCUUACCAUGAAGGUAACAGGUGUCUUUGUGGUCCUGAUGCUUUUCAACUACUUUGAAGAUGUUGUCAGUCAAGCUAUAUAUCAGGAAGGCAUGUGCCUUGAAUUCCAGCCCUUAUUACGCAAUGGGGGUUUAUACUGCAGUAGAGACAUCAAUCCUAUCAUUGGUCCAGAUGGCAAGACACAUACGAACAAGUGUGUCAUGUGCCGUGAAGUCUUUAAAAAAAGAGGAUUCACUAUUAAUGAAGGCUGGUCUACGAGUACUUCAAAAAAGGAUGAUGGCUGCAGUGAAUACAUGCCUUAUUUCAUGAAUAAUGGAAUUAUCUGUACGAGAGAGAAUGACCCAGUUCGUGAUGCUUUUGGCAGACAAUAUAGCAAUAAGUGCAUGAUGUGUGCACAAAAAUUCAAAAAUGGAGGUAACACACCAUUGUAUGAAAAAAGUAAAGCAGAACGUGAAAGAAUGGAGAGGGGUGACGAGUGCUAUGAAUAUCGAUCACAGAUGAGACCUGAUGGAGGACUCACCUGCACCCGUGAGAAUGACCCAAUACGUGACAUUUCUGGCCGAUCUCACAGCAACACAUGCAUGAUGUGUUCAGAGAAAUUCAAAGAAGAAAUUAGAGCAGGCAAGUUUGGUAGCAGAGGAACAAUCCAGAAUGCAGAUGGGAACAGAAUUGUUCAAGGUACCAUUAACCGAGGAAAUGUAGAUCAGAACAACUGCAAUCCAGUUGGUGGGUCUUUGAACAAAAAUGAUAUAAGUAAUCCUUGUUUAGCCCAUAUCAGGAUUCCACAGGAUGAUUACAGAUCUUCCACUAACUGUGGAGGGGUAGGAGAGUCAUCGCAAUACAAUCCCAAUUGUGAAAGGCGGUCUUUCAACCAGAAAAAGAAAAGAAAGUCUGCCAUUGAGCACAAGUUGAACUGUGACCAACUUUUAGCUGAUCUAAAGAAAAAAGGGAACACCUGCAGUUCUGUAUGGGCUCCUGUUUGUGGCACUGAUGGAAAAACAUACAGCAAUAAAUGCCUCCUGUGCAUGAAAAUUGACAGGAAAACUGAAGAUGUCCUUGCACUAAAGCAUGAAGGUGAAUGUCCCGAAGAUGUUCAUGGAACGGUUGAUUGCAGCAAAUAUCCCCAGACAAGAGGAAAAGUCCUCUGCAAGAGAAGUACUCUGGAGGUUUGUGGCACAGAUGGUGAGACAUAUAGCAACGAAUGUAUUCUCUGUGAUCGAAUCUUGAAAACAAAAUCCGAGAUUGGUAUAAAGAAUACUGGACCAUGUCCUAAGGGCAAGUGAUAGAAGAACUGACAUGUGACAUCAAGGAAAUAAAUGAAUCUUCAAGUGCUUCAAAGCCUGCCUUCAACUUUCUAUAUUAUGAAGCUGUUAUAUAUAAUAGUCCUUUGACAUAAUCCUGAUGUGCCCCAGGUGGGGCUGGACUUUCUAAUGGCCACUUGAGUUCCACUCUUGCUCCUGUCUCUAGAAUGUGCCAUCAAACCCACCAGUUUCAUUGUGCUUCUCCAAUAAAAUAAAUUAGGAGGAUCCAUGCCAUUUUCCAUUUGUCCAUAUUUAAGGAGAUGCUUAGUCAGUAGUAAAGUUCUCUCUCUUUUUGUCCUAGAAGGAAGAAUAAUAACUAUGCCAGUUAAUGGAUCUUCCAUUACAUUGAUUCCUUGACCUUGAUUUAAUUCAAAUAUUAAUGUGCUCAUUUACUUCAAGAGUUUACUUAUGAUGAACAGUUGCAUGGAUUCCAUACUAAUAAAAGUUUACAUUUAUAUAGCA